GCUUUGGCUCCCAUUUCAUGUUUACUCGUCAAGGAAGUUGUCGUCGCCUUGUUUUUCUCUGAGGAUUGAAAGUAGAAAGGUUUUUAUUGACUUGUGACAUUUAAUGAUGAACUUGCUUUUCUUCUUUCUCCUAGUUGUACAAACACACAGCGUGACGCCUGUGAUUCAUUCACUCGAGUAUUUCACCACUGCAUCCUCUCAAGUUCCAAACUUCCCACAGUUUGUGAGUGUUGGUUAUGUUGACGGAGUUGAGAUUAGUUACUAUGACAGCAACAUCAGGAAAGCAGAAUCCAAACAGGACUGGAUGAACAAAAUCACAGUAGAGGAUCCAGACUACUGGCAGAGACAAACAGAGUACAAUGUUGUUAAUGAACAUAUCUUCAAAGGGAACAUUGAAACAUUUAAGAAGCGUUUCAACCAAACUGGAGGUGUUCACACUUACCAGAGGAUGUCAGGAUGUGAAUGGAAUGAUGAGACUGAAGAGGUGAAAGGUUGGGAGCAGUACAGUUAUGAUGGAGAAGAUUUCAUAUCGUUGGACAUGAAGACAUGGACAUAUACUGCUGCAAAACCACAAGCUUUCCCCUCCAAACUCAAGUGGGACCGGAACGAAUAUCUACUAAACUACAUUAAGCAUUAUUACACUAUGGAAUGUCCUUCUUUCUUGAAGAAGCAUGUGAAGUAUGGGAAGAAGGUCCUAAUGAGAACAGAGCUUCCAGAGGUGUUCCUCCUCCAGAAGACGCCGUCCUCUCCGGUCAGCUGCAUGGCGACAGGUUUCUACCCCCACCUAGCUGACCUGUUUUGGAGGAAAGACGGCGAGCAGAUCUUCGAGGACGUGGAGCACGGAGAGCUCCUCCCCAACCACGACGGAACCUUCCAGCUGUCGGUGGAGCUGAAAGUGGAGGUGACGGCCGAGGUGGAGGGCAAGUACGAAUGUGUGUUCCAGCUGUCUGGCGUAAAGGAGGACCUGGUCACCAAGCUGGAGAGAAGAAGCAUCCUGAGCAACGCAAGCCAUGAAGGCACCGUGAGCGUCAUUGCCACGCUGGCGGUCCUCGCUGUGUUGGUCCUCCUGGCGGCCGGCAUCAUCAUAUCAUACCAUACCAUACCAACUUUAUUCAUCAAGAUCAAGCGUCGCCCAAGCAGACAAGCCGAAUACGAUCCAGCUGGGUCAUGUGAUUUCCCAGGAAAGCCACUGAAGCAUUUACCCAACGUGGCCACAAGGGGCGCUCUCUAGUAAAGGUGACCAGAGUGGUGUCUAGAGGGAGUAUGGACAACCAAACAACAGGCGCCAUCAUUUCCUGAUAUUCUUCUACUUCAGCUCAUAAACUUACAAUCAAAGUGUAUUUUCAGGGCAAUUUAGCGUCCGUAUUUGAUGCAGUAGGCCGCUACAUUCAUGCAGUGUUUAGUCACCAGCAGACUUCUAACACGCUCCCGCCAGCACAAUGUAUGUCAGCAAAUACACAACCACCAAAAAAUGUUCCCCUAAUUUUUCCAAAAUCCUCAUGAGCUUUGAACCAACAAUCAUGGAGAAAUUGUGACUUUUAUGUGAAGUAGGUCAAUUGUGGUGUCUGCUUCCAAUGUAUUGUUUGUAAUCGCUGCACUAUAUGCCUGUCACUUUACUCUUGUUUUUUGAAAUAUUUUACAAAGCUUUUGUGGGAGCAAAAAGUGCAUGGCUUCCUGAUUUUAUGAUCACCAUAUUAUAUUUUUUUACUGCUAUAUAUAUGUUGAUUGAUUGAUUGAUUGAGACUUUGAUUAGUAGAUUGCACAGCGCAGUACAUAUUCCAUGGUAACACCCGAAUAAGUUUUUCAACUUGUUUAAGUCCACUUAAAUUGAUUCAUGAUACAGAUGUAUACUAUCAUCAUAAUACAGUCAACACACAAGAUAAUCAUCAGAGUAUAUACAUUUAAUUAUUUACAUUAUUUACAAUCUGGGGUGUGGGAUGUGGAGGGAUGGAGGGGGUUAGGUUUGGUUGAUAUCAACAUUUCAGUCAUCAACAAUUGCAUCAUCAGAGAAAUGGACAUUGGAACAGUGUAGUACUGACUUGGUAGGAUAUGUACAGCAAGUAGUGGACACAGAGAGAAAGAGAUCAGAAAGCAUAAGAAUAAGUAUCUACAUUUGAUUAUUUACAAUCCAGGGAGGUAGGGUGUGGAAGGGAAGGGAGGGUGUUAGUUUAGGGUUGAAGUUGCCUGGAGGUGUUCUUUUAGUGCGGUUUUGAAGGAGGAUAGAGAUGCCCAUUCUUUUACAUCAGUUUGGAGUGCAUUCCAUAUUGAUGUGGCAUAGAAAGAGAAUGAGUUAAGACCUUUGUUAGAUCGGAAUCUGGGUUUAACGUGGUUAGUGGAGCUCCCCCUGGUGUUGUGGGUAUGGCGGUUAAGGAAGUAGUUUGACAUGUACUUCGGUAUCAGGGAGGUGUAGCAGAUUUUAUAGACUAGGCUCAGUGCAAGUUGUUUAACUCUGUCCUACACCCUGAGCCAGUAUACAUAUAUAUAUA